UCUAACCGUUGUCACAGAAGACUUGACACUUCUCGGGAAACGAGGGGUCUGGCCUCGGAGAAGCAGGUCUGUGCUGAUUCCAGGCUUAUGAUAGCGCAGUAAGAGUGCCCUUCUUAGCGUGUUUGAGCCGGAGUAUCUAUUUUACAGGAAGAAGAAUCUUGUUCUCUUUUUUUCAUUUUCUUUUGUGGACUAAAAAUACCAAAAUGGAGACCUAAACCCUUAAAAGGGACAUAGUCUGAACUCGGGGAGGUAGUUUUGUGCAUGAGUAAAGAAAAUAGUUAAUCAAAGUUAUUGAUACCUGACAAUUGUUAAAUUUUGAAACAUGGUCCAUUGAUAAAUGGUCUAACUAUGAUGUAAUGAAAAUUGAUAAUGUGGCAUAUAGAAAAUAUAAGUGGUCAUAUCAAGGUCAUCAGUGUACAGCAAUAAUCCUUUGAAAGUCACCCAGUGCUAACAGCUCUAGUGAAGAGAAGUGAAUAUUUUCUAUUAGUAUAAAAAUGAAUCCUUUAGAACAAAGAAUUAGCCUCAAACUUUUUGUGAAGUUAACUACAUUUUCAAAUAAGACAUGUGUUACGUUAAAAAAAAAUUGUGCGGAUGAAAAAAUAGCCAGACCAAGAAUUUUUGGCUGGCAUAAAAGAUUUAAAGAAAGCAGGGAAGAAGUCAGUGGUGGUACAUGAAGUAACUGUCUAAUCUCCAGUGAAGAUCACAGAAUCAAGGAAUUCUAGAAUUGGAAAGGACCUUAGAGGUUACCUAAUUCAACCCCUUCUGUGCAGUGGGUGAAUCUCUAUGGUAUCCCUAAGUGGUCAUGUGACUGCUGUUUGAACACAUCUAGUGACUCAAACAGCUCACUUUACAAGGCAGUCUAUUCCAUUGAAGGAUAGUUCUUUUGUGAGCUGAACUCUGCUUCCUGGUAACAUCUGUAACAUUCUGAUACUGUCUGAUCAGCACAGAUUACACUAAGACUAUGAGGUGCUGAAAGAGUCUGAAAUUUAAUUCAUUCACAUAGGCAUUAGAAGAACAAUGGAUGAAAAGUUAAAUUUAGGUAAAGAUGGAUUCACUCUGAAAAAAAAACGAACAUGGAGAAUGCUUCUGGGAAAUAAAUGAUGCAUUUUGCAAACUUGGUAUUUGAUCUUUCAAGUAAAGUUAGAUAAAAUAGAAGCAUCUGUUGAACAUAGAAAGCUAAUAAAAAAUACUGUGUGAGUCAAACACUAUUAAAUAUGUUACCUAUUUAAGGCUGGUGGUAUACUGUUGCACCUUAGUAACCUGAAAUAAUGCAUGUACCUCAAAGUGUCUGACACUAACUAGGGCCCAAAAGCACUUUACACACCUCCAAAAGUAUCUAACUUUUUAAGUUUAUAUAAUAGCACAUAUAUAAAGACAGUGAUAUAUAACUUCAAAGUGUGUUAUACCCCUUUUGAAAGUAUGUGAAGUCUCUAGCUACCAUAAUGAAAUUUAGGAUAUCUCUAUGAACCUCAAGUAUUUGGCAUGAAAAAUUAUAAAGAAUUUCAUUUGCAGGUUUUUAGCCUGGUUCUUUAGUACCAUGGUUUUAACCAUGAAGGAUGCACAAAACUACCUCCCCAGAGAAAGACUUGUCCCAUUUUUGCCCCUUGAAUCUAAUGAACGUAAUAGAAGAUAGCAACCUAUAUGAACUGAAAUAUGACUUUUCUUGUGAACUCUACAGAAUGUCUACAUAUUCUGCUUUCCCAGUCAAUGUUCCAAUCUCAGAAAGGAGUCUUGCUCGGGCUGGAUUUUAUUACACUGGUGUGAACGACAGAGUUAAAUGUUUCUGUUGUGGCUUAAUGCUGGAUAAUUGGAAACAAGGAGACAGUGCUAUUGACAAACAUAAACAGCUAUAUCCUAGCUGUGCAUUUAUUCAGAAUUUGAUUGUAGUUAACAAUCUAGAAUCUUCCUCUCAGUCUGCAUUUUCUUUUUCAGGGAUGAAUAAUGUCACAUGCUCAUUAUCUCCCAGUUCAGAACAGAGUGGAUAUUUCAGUGGUUCUUAUUCCAGUUUUCCACUAGAGCCAGUGACUUCCAGGGUAGUUGAGGACUUGUCCCCUUUGAACACCAGCCCCUAUAGUUAUUCAAUGAGUACUGAAGAUGCCAGAAUUCUUACUUACCAGACAUGGCCACUGACAUUUAUGUCACCACUGGAUCUGGCAAAAGCUGGUUUUUACUACAUAGGACCUGGAGACAUGGUAGCUUGCUUUGCCUGCGGUGGGAAACUGAGUAAUUGGGAACCGAAAGAUGAUGCCAUGUCAGAACAUCGGAGACAUUUUCCCAACUGUCCUUUCCUGGGAAAUCAAAUCCAAGAAACAUCAAGGUUCAGUGUUUCUAAUCUGAGCAUGCAAAGCCACGCAGCCCGUAUGAAAACCUUUGUGACCUGGCCAUCUCAGAUUCCAGUUCCUCCAGAGCAGCUUGCAAGUGCUGGCUUUUAUUAUAUGGGUUGUGAUGAUGAUGUCAAAUGCUUCUGCUGUGAUGGUGGACUGAGGUGUUGGGAAUCAGGAGAUGAUCCUUGGGUGGAGCACGCCAAAUGGUUCCCAAGGUGUGAGUACUUGAUCGCAAUGAAAGGACAACAGUUCAUCAAUCAAAUUCAGGCUAGUUAUCCUCAUCUUCUUGCACAGCUGCUAUCUACAUCAGAUACUCCAGUGGAUGAAAGUGCUGAGCUACCAAUUAUUCAUUUUGGACCAGGAGAAAACCAUUCAGAAGAUGCAAUCAUGAUGAAUACAUCUGUGGUCAAAGCAGCUUUGGAAAUGGGCUUUAAUAGAAGGCUAAUAAAACAGACAGUUCAGAGUAAAAUCUUAACAACUGGAGAAAAUUACAAAACAGUCAGUGAUCUUGUAUCAGAUUUACUUAAGGCAGAUGAUGAAACAAGGGAAGAGGAGAAAGAACAACAAACUGAAGAAACAGAAUCAGUGGAAAAGAAUAUAAAGUAUAUUCCAGCAGCAGAUGUUUCAGAUUUGUCAAUAGAAGAACAGUUGAGGCGAUUACAAGAAGAAAGAACAUGUAAAGUUUGUAUGGACAAAGAAGUAUCAGUUGUCUUUAUUCCUUGUGGACAUCUAGUAGUUUGCAAAGAAUGCGCACCUUCCCUAAGAAAAUGCCCUAUUUGUAGAAGUACAAUCAAGGGUACAGUUCGUACAUUUCUUUCAUAAAGAAAAAUCAAUAAUCUUCCAGACUUUUGUAGCUAAGGAAUUUGAAAUGUUUUCUUAAGCCUUCAGAAGUAAAGAUUAUUAUUGUUUAUACCUGAUUAACUUCUAUUCUGACUCAUUUUCCCCUCUC